UGCUCUAUGUCAAAUGUCAAAUUUAUAUGUCAAAUGUCACAUGCACAUGUUUACAAAAUUUUCAAAAUAAAUCUUAUGUUUCAAUUAUUUGUUAGUUUCUUUUUUGUAGUUAUUACACGAUGGUGACCGAUAAUGCAGACUUGACAGACUUUAAAUUGAAACCAAUGAAAUGUGAAUUCAAUUAUCUCAGUAAAUCAGAUGGGUCCGCUAUACUAUCGCAAGGUGAAACAGUAGCACUGGUGAGUGUGAACGGACCUCAGGAUAUAAAGAUGCAGAGUCAGAGCAUAGAGAAGUCCACACUUGAGGUCAUCUUCAGCCCUAAGGGUGGAAAACCUUCAGUUGGAGACAGGUACAAAGAGAAUGUGAUCAGACAGACAUCCGAGACAGCCAUACUGGGCUGUCUGUACCCACGCACAGGCAUUACAGUCACUAUACAGGAGUUAGAAGAUUUUGGAGGGCUCCUGUCCUGCUCAGUGAACUGCGUGUGCCUCGCUCUCCUGAACUCAGGCGUGGCCAUGCGGUGCGUGUUCGCGGCGGUGAUGUGCGCUAUCGACGACAGCGGGAACAUCACCCUGGACCCCGGCGCUGCUCAGCUCGAGACGGCGCGGGCGGUCAUGAACUUCGUGUUCGAUGGACGGGACAGAAGUCUAAUCACUGGAUUUACGGAGGGUAACUUCAGUGAGGAUGCGUACAGAGAGGCAUUAGAGAGAUGUCGGGCCGCUAGCGAGCUCGUGUUCACCUUCUACAGAGAUAUUGUCAAGAAAUAUUCUAAUGUUAUCGGAUAGUUAUUAUAUUGUCUUUAGAA